CCUAGCUUUGUCUUUAUUUAUUAUUUUAUUAAUUUGGUGAUGUCAAGAAAAAAUGUGUAGGAUGUUACAUAUCAGAUAUAUACCGAUUAUAACAUAGAAUUUCUUCCCAUAUUUUAACAAAUUAAAGUUAAAACAACACAUAACCUGUAAGAAGAAACAGGCGUAAGUUGGUAAGUUGUGAUCAAUGCUUAAUUACUUCUCAAAUAACUGUGUUCUUGAUUCAAUUCACUGUAUAUCAGCUUCUCAAUUUGAAACACAAUCAAUCUUUUUGUUUGGUCUAAGGUUGUAGUAAUCAAAACAGCAGUUUGGUUUUAUCUUGAGAUGGACAAGGAAGAUGAUAAGUACAAAGCUCAUAUCAUAGUUCUUCCAUAUCAUGGACAAGGCCACAUGAAUCCCAUGCUUCAAUUCUCCAAAAGAUUAGCUGCAAAAGGGAUCAAGAUCACAGUAACCACCACACUCUCCAACACCAAGGCCAUGGCAGCAGCUGCAGCUGCAUCUUGCUCCAUCAACUUUGAGUCAAUAUACGACGAUCACGCCCAAGGAGGCGUGGCUGGCCCUGGUGGAUUCAAGGGCUUUCUUGAGAGAUUCGAGGCCACUGCCUCCACAAACUUGAUUCAUCUCAUCACAAAAUUUCAAGAUUCCAACAACCCUGUGAAAUGCCUCAUCUAUGAUGCCAAUAUAGCUUGGGCAUCAAAUGUAGCUAAUGAGCUUGCCAUUGCUAGAGCUUCCUUCUUCACGCAGUCGUGUGCCUUUGUUGCUAGUUGCUACCCGAUGCACUGUGACUUGACCGGAGUUGUGUCCCCGCCCGUCCCUCCUCUGCCCAUGCCUGGACUGCCUGAGCUUCGCCUCCCGAAUCUGCCUUCAUUAGGCCCUCAGGUAGGGAGCUAUCCUCCCAUAAUGAGGUACAUCUUGAGCCAGUUUGACAACACUGAGAAAGCAGAUUGGGUUCUCUUCAACUCCUUUCUUAACUUGGAAGAGGAGGUGAUCAAUUGGAUGUCCGGGCUAUGGCCCGUACGAGCCAUCGGGCCGACACUGCCUUCCCUAUACCUAGACAACCGAGUGAAAGAUGACCAUGACUACGGCUUCAACAUCUUCAAGCAAGAAACAGAGGCCUGCUUCAAGUGGCUGGACUCAAAGGAGAAAGGCUCCGUGGUCUACGUCUCGUUUGGCAGUGCAGCAAGCUUAGCUGCAGAGCAAUAUGCAGAAGUGGGCAAGGCUCUUGUGCAUAGCUGCAGAAACUUCUUGUGGGCGGUGAAGCCAUCUGAAGAAGACAAGCUCCCAACCAAUUUCAAGAGUGGGAUAUCUUGGGAGAUGGGAAUGGUUGUGGCAUGGUGUCCUCAGCUAGCAGUGUUGGCACACGAGGCGGUUGGAUGCUUCGUGUCUCAUUGUGGGUGGAACUCGACUCUUGAGGCCAUCAGCUUGGGAGUGCCCAUGGUGGCUAUGCCUCAGUUUCUAGACCAGAUGACUAAUGCACAUUUGGUGGAGCAUGUGUGGAAAGUGGGGAUUAAAGCUAAGACCGGUGAUGGGGGAUUUAGUUGGAGUGAGGAAAUACGAGCAUGCAUAGAAGUGAUCAUGUUAGGCGAGAGAGGUCGAGAGAUUAUGGCGAAUGUGUGUCGUUGGAGGGCAUUGGCGAAGGAGGCGGUAGACGAGGGAGGAAGCUCGGAUGUAUGCAUCCAUGAAAUUAUUGCUAAGUUGACCACAUUCUAGUAUAACUUGUUUCAAUUGUCCAAACAAGUGAAUUGUUGAAAUUGUUGUAAUGGUGAUGUACAUUUUCUUAACAAGGCCAUGGCAGCUUCACCACAAUUCGAUUA